AUGAGCUUUGAUGUGAGAAAAAUCCACGAUGGGGCCAUUGUGGAGUGCCUAGUAGUGGAUUUUUGUCAUGAUAAUACACUCGUAGUAGCUCAUCCAUACAGGAUCGAGCUGCUAGAUCACAGUUACAAGCAGCUGGGUGUGCUUGAAUUGGAAGACAGAAUUAUGGCCAUGAACCAUAUAAGACCUCCAGGCCUUCAACACGACUGGCUACUGGUCUUAACACAGAACAAUCAACUAGUAGUAAUUGCAUGGAACGACGGAUUUAUUCUGUUGCAGGAAUUUCACAUUGAAUCGGUUACCAACACCAUUGAAGUCCAUCCAUUUAUUCGGGUUGAUGACUUGGGCAGAUACAUUCUCAUAUAUUCCAAUGAGGGAUAUAUGGUUGUAUUGGAGCUUCAUCCGUCGAAAACCGAGCUGUUCCGGCUGGCAUUGCAAAAUGAGCCUCCUAGCCAGGUGAAGAAAAGACCAGACGCUGCCAAACUACAGGUGAACCGGAUAUUUGAAAAACCACAAGUAAUCUACAUUGGGCACGGAGUUGUGCACAGCGCAGUUUUUCUGAAGACCCGACUUUUAACGGCGGACAAAGAGGGCACUGUAUUUGCUAUAGUGGUCAGAAAUGCCAAUUUGAAGUAUUCCGUGAAUUAUUACGGAAUAGGCCAAGAAAUUAGUCUGAUAAAGCGAUUACCGCAGAUGAACUCGGCCCCGAGCCUGGCGAUACCGCUGUCACUUGGAGCGCUGCUUGUAAUUUGCGAAGACAUGCAUUACGUUUUUCCAGCACCCGCUGUUCGCAGUAUUUCUUCAUCCGUGGCUACGGCCACCAGACAAUAUGCUACGAAGGAGCUUUUUUCUGGAGUUGACGGAAAAAUGGCCAAGCUUUUGUCAUGGUGCUUUGAUGGACGAUUUUACUGGCUCAGCAGUGAGCAGGGUGACAUUUAUCAGAUGGAAAUAGAGUUGGCCUCGGAAUCGCUUGAAGCUGCAGAAAGUCACUUGGACCUUUCUAUAGCAGAAAGAUUACGAACCGGAAACUCUCGGCCCAUCGAAUUAGAGGUCAGUAAAUGGAACAUAGAAAGGAAACAGCAGGUAGACUUGCUUCAUAAGAUGGUUAACAGAGCCAAUCGUGUGAUAGGUUGCAACCAUUUUGGGCUCUUAGUUGAGCUUGAUAGAAAUACACAAUUGUUCAAACAAGUUAGACAGGCGGACAAUCUUCCGGUAACUGCCAUGAAAGGGAAAUACUAUGCGCACGGAACUUAUCUAACUUCAAAGGUGGUGCUUGAUGACUGGAAGAAUUUGACAGGAUUGGUGAAGGAAAUAGUGGAAGCCAAUGAAAUCGUGGUCUUGGUAGUCGAAGAACACGAAGUCGACUUAGAGGUUGAAGAGAUCAAAAGAACUGAUCGUUUGGAGGUUUACAAAGCUGGCGAGAAGAUAGGUGAGCACUGGUUUGACGCCGGAAUAGUAGUGCGUAAAGUCUUGCCUGUGCCUGAUCUCCUGUGUCGGUUUGAAGAAAAAAGCAAAAUCAGCAACGAGGAGCGAUAUCUUUUGCAGACCAAACUAAGCAAAUGUUUUAUCGUACUUGUCAACGAUGAAGAGGAUCAGUCUGGACUGUUACUUAUGAGAUUUGUGGACGACGAGUGGAAACAGGAAGGCCAUGCCGUGGUGAACAAGCUGUUUGACAGCAUCAUACAGGUAGAAGACUACAGCUUGUUACUAAUUGGGUCGCAUUCGCUGGUGUGGACCAGCGUUUACGGCGGUCCUAGUUUCUGGUUCGAAAAUGAGGAAAGCGACUCAACUAUCCCGGUUCUGUACUUUUCCGAGUGGAAAAAGCUCGAAAAUGGCGACCUGGUAGUAGGAGACGCAUUUUCAGGGUUGUAUCUGUUCAGAAUCGACCGAAACGAGCGCAAAGUAUCAGCUGUCCAGAUUCUGAAGAACGUCAUGGUCAGCGAUUUCGCCUUUUUCAAGCAGGAUCUGGUUGUCGGGGACCUCAUGGGCAACAUGUUCAUCAUUGGUCUACAGGGAGAACCGAAAAUGGUGUAUCAGUCUUAUCUGGGCCACGGAGCUAUAACGUGUGUGGAAGCUCUGGAUGAGCUGGUCAGAGUUGGAACCAGCGAGGGCAUUCUCACUAUUCAGCCAGGAUCUGAAAAAUCCUCGAGGCUUCCACUUAAACUGUCCAGCCUGCCGCAGCCCGAAUUAAACGAAAAUCUUGUACUAGAAAUUAAUAAUUAA